GAAGUCAUUUUCUUAGGUUAAAAGGAAUUGGAAUGUCUGUCUCCAAGCGUGAGGCGGCGGCGGCGCCCUCUACGGAGGAGGUCGACGAUUUGGAGCGCAGCAUUGCGAAGACCAAGAUUUCUGGCUCGGAUGCCCAGGUCAAUGGUGGUGAAAACCCUCCACAUUUUCCUUCAGGGGUGAGUUGGUUCAAGGAUUCUCUAUUCUGGAAUGACGAUUGGACUUGGAGUGAGAGUUGGUUUCCGACGGAGGAGGAACCCGAAGCCGACGAAAAACCGGACUUGGAGGAGGACAUUACGUCUCACGAAUCUGAGGAUGGUACUCCCGAAAUCCGUUUUUCGCGACGGUACGCGAAGAAGUUACAGGAGCCAUGGAAGAAUUGUUUGAUUUUAAAAAUACAAGGUAAGACAGUGCACUAUGAUGUUAUGCAUGCCAGGGUUAUUGAGGCCUGGAACCUUGUGGGUAAUUUUAAGUUGUUAGAUGUUGGUUGUGGUUUCUAUGUUGCUAAAUUUGUUCUUAAGGAGGAUUGCUUUAGGGUUUUGAAGGGUGUUCCAUGGAAGAUUUUGGACCAUUACCUCAUGGUUCAUCGUUGGGAACCAACAUUUAUAGCACCGAAUCAGUCUGAAUUUGGGAUGACAUCAGUUUGGGUUCGAUUGCCUCGGUUACCAGAGGAAUUUUAUGAAGAGAAGCAGCUUCUGAGGAUUGCGGAAAAGAUUGGGAAGCCUUUAUGCAUUGAUGAUAGCUCAAUCUCCAUUUCAAGGGGGGAGUAUGCUAGGUUAUGUGUGGAAGUUGAUGUUUAUGAGCCCCUGGUCUCUGAAGUCCAGGUUGAUCAUCAUUCCCUGUCUGUUCAGUACGAGCGGCUUGAUGAAAUCUGCAUUGAAUGUGGUAAAUUUGGGCAUACUUCUGAGAAUUGCAGUGUUGGACUAGUGACUUGGAAGCCUCCUCCUGUGGGUGUUUUGAAGUUGAAUAUAGAUGGGUCAGUGCUUCCAUCAUCAACAUCAAAGUGGGCAGAGCUGAAGAGUGCGGGGGGCCUCAUUCGAGAUCACUUGGGGAAAUGGGUAACCGGAUUUGUAGUGAAUUUUGGUCUUACUGGUGCUAUAAAUGGAGGAGUUGACGUAGCUAUACUUCAAGGUCUGCAGGAGGGUUUGCGACUAGCACAUUCCUUAGGGAUUGAGCACUUGCAGAUUGAGCUGGAUUCGCCUAGAAUGGUGGAGGAUGUGAAUGAAGGAGUUGAUGACCGUGAUCCUAGUGGUGAUUUAGUUAGAGAAUGCCAGCGCCUUUUGAAGGAUAAUUGGAGCGUUAGCCAUGUGCUAAAAAGAACAAAUAGUUGUGCAGAUUUCUUGGCUAACUUGGGUCAUUCUUCUGCAGAGGGUACAUCUGUUUUGAAGGAGCCUCCAGAGGGUAUUCUUCAGUAUAUCUCUUAGGUGAUGGUAGGUAAAUAAAUAGUCUCUAUCUUAUCUCAAGUUAUAUUCACCAUGGGUUUAGUUCACACCAGGUGUAUUUUGUCAUGGUAUGGUCUAGUCUUUAUCUUAAUGUUAUUAUAUUCUAAUAUAUAUCAGAAUUUCGG